AGUCCAGUCCUGACCACAAUGCUGUCAGGUUUCUUCUGACUUGCGCAGGACACCUCGGGUCUCGGCGAGAAUCGCGAGAUGCCGGCCCACUGCAGUGUUGGAAAAAUUCGGUCGCCGCCAUCUUUUUCAAGGUUCCGCAUUGCAAAUAUUUUCAUAACAGAUGUCACCAUUGGAGCCGGACUGACAUUUAAAAUUCAUUAAAGCCAAACAGCCAAAUUCCUAGGUUUUGAUUUUUGAUUUGUUCUUUAUUUUUUAAAUUAGUUUCCUUUUUUUUAAUUUUCGAGCGCCGAGGCUCACACACACACCCACCCACACACACACAACCCUUGCUUGGCGCCUGCUAGUGAGCGCAUCCCCGGAUUCCGGUCUCACGGAAAGGCCCGCGGCCACUCCGCGAGGCAGAAUGCGCCCAGGGCCUCUGGGAGGCACUCAGAUUAAGUCAGCGCGUCCUUCAUCCGCCACAGAUAUCCAGUUUUGAAUUAAAACCGACAUUAGAGAUGCAAGGAUUCCAGGAUAUUGAAAUUUUGCUGCGUGUGCCCAUGAUGAAAUACACAAUUUUUUCCAUCUUAACCGUAUACCCCGGAAGACCGCUACAGUGAACUGGGUGUUUACUGUAAAUGUAGAAAUAGUACUCAUAAAAUGCUUAGAUGACGGAUUUUUAAACAGGGGAUAAGGACUAGGACUAUGAUCCGGAUGAAAACGGGUUAACUAUGCAUAAAAUGGCGGUUGUUUAAAGUGUAAAGAACUUUCGCUUCCAAACGCCAUUUUAUGUAUCCAAACAGGAGAAAGUCCAAGAAUAAUAUGACUAAUGUGUUUAUACACCAUCCUUGAAUGUGUGAAGAAUUGUCAGUAAAACUCGAAAACAGAUUUUUUGUUUUUUUAAAGGGGGCUGGGCUGCUAAUGGAAAUUAGCCAAUCGGAAAUCUAUCGGGGCACUUCCGGAAUUUAGCAGCCGAUGACUAACAGGGAAUGCCCACAAUCCAAUCAGAGUGAUUCCGUCCUGUAUAAAUAUAGGAGCAAAAUUUCCGGACAAAUCUCUUUAUUUAGCUGAGAAGUCAUGGCUCGUACCAAGCAGACCGCUCGCAAGUCCACCGGCGGCAAGGCGCCGCGCAAGCAGCUGGCCACCAAGGCGGCCCGCAAGAGCGCGCCCGCCACCGGCGGCGUGAAGAAGCCGCACCGCUACCGGCCCGGCACGGUGGCCCUGCGCGAGAUCCGGCGCUACCAGAAGUCCACGGAGCUGCUGAUCCGCAAGCUGCCGUUCCAGCGGCUGGUGCGCGAGAUCGCGCAGGACUUCAAGACGGACCUGCGCUUCCAGAGCUCGGCCGUGAUGGCGCUGCAGGAGGCGUGCGAGGCCUACCUGGUGGGGCUCUUCGAGGACACCAACCUGUGCGCCAUCCACGCCAAGCGCGUCACCAUCAUGCCCAAGGACAUCCAGCUGGCUCGCCGCAUCCGCGGGGAGAGGGCGUAAAUUGUUUUCUCUUUCCGACUUUAAACCCAAAGGCUCUUUUCAGAGCCAAUUACCUGGUCUAUGAAAGACGUUGUAAUGCUUUAGAGUCAUCGAUAGAGGGCGAACUUGGCCCUCUUCUGGGAAACCUUUCUGGAGCUUUUCGUGGAGUUAACCUCCAUUAAAAAAAAAAGAAAACUGUUCAUUUGAAGUCUUAAGUUGUAGGAACUAGGUCCACGGUUUUACCUUGAACACCAGUUUGUCCUAUUUUACGCAGUUCCGGUACAUUUGGGUGUAGCUAAACUUUUGGUCUACACUACGGUGCCCUUGCUCAGCAGAACUGAGGCCAAGCUCGCUAGAAAGGGCCAGAACCUGUUGAGGCUGUACAGGGAAUAUAUUACCACCCCUAAAACGGAGCCAAGGUUUAGGUUAUUAGCUGGAGCACUCAAAGGGGAGACUCCUGGCCGUGAAAGUUGCUAAGAACUUUGUGGCGGUCUUUGCCCAGGUCUUCUCUACAAGAGCAAAAGCAAACCCACAAGAGCUACUGAGUGAGUCUCUGUGAAAGAAAGGAAGAAUGCAGGUUUGUGAGCGUUUUUAGCUGUUUUCCUAAAUUCUCUAUCUUAAUCUCUAAAUCAGAUCUCAUGAAAGUACCUCAUAUUUGUCACUAAAACAUGAAAAUCUGCUGGAACGAAGUUUGAGAGCUCUCGCAGAAAAUACACUGUCUCCUCUUCUCAUUCAUACAAAACAGCAAUAUUAUACUAUUCUGUAUUAAACAGAUAACUCCUUCCCAUGGAAGUAACAGAUUCCUAUUCCAAACUGCUAGCUGAAGGGAAAGGAAAUCACGAAUUUUGUUCACAAACUGUACAAGCUGUUAUUUGGAAAUGUGGAAAAGUCGUUACUCAUUAGGAUACUGUUUGGAAGGAUUUUAUAUCUAUUCAAACUCGAGCAAAUUUGAGUUUCAAGAUGGGUGAGGGAACUUUAACUACAAAAUUGAGAGGUUUCUGUUAAUUUCUUCUUCAAUGGGCUGUUUCUUCUUGAGCACUAGGAAAAGGGGUGGUAAGUUUAACAGAAACAAGGCUAUAAAUAAGUAUGGGACCAUUGUAAAUCCUAGGGGUUUUAUAGAAGAAAUCUUUGUUUUUAGAAGUCUGACAGACAUUGAGAUUCAGGUGCUGGGACCUGGGGAGUCUGUGUCCACAUAUGAAAAAAAAAAAGCUCAAUUAUUCAUAAUUCCAAUAAUGGAGUGUUAGAUAUUUCUAGUAUUAGAUUUUUUAUUCUUGUUGCAUAUAUGAAUAAUUUAUUUCACUUUAUUACUGAAUAGUAUUCUAUUGCAUGGCUGCACCAGGAUUUGUUUCUUUCUUCACCCAUUGAUAGGCAUCAGGUUUUCCCAGUUUAUGGUGGUUACAAAUAAAGCGGUGAUGAACAUUUGUGUAUAAA